CAUUGAUUGAACACAGCGCGAGUAAUUCGGAAAGAACAAAAAUAAAAAUAAUAUUUGCUUAAAUUUCGUAACAAGGUAAUCUGAUUAAAAAUUGCAUGCCAUGUCACUUUAUUACAAUCAAAGUUUUGAUGGAAGUCAACCUCAUGUGGAUAAUAGUGGUUUCCAAACAAAUUUCAAUGGACAAUAUGCUCCUAUAACAGCACAACCGGGAGUUGUAGUACCUCCACCAGGUGCUGUUUCAGAAUGGAUAACUGCGCCCUCUAAUAUACCUAACUGCCCACCCGGUUUGGAAUAUUUAACAACUGUGGAUCAACUAUUGAUAAAUCAAAAAGUUGAACUUCUGGAGGCUUUUACAGGCUUCGAGACUAAUAACAAAUACGUUGUUAAAAAUGCGAUCGGUCAAAAAGCUUACUACGUUUUGGAGGAUACCGAUUGUUGUACUCGUAAUUGUUGUGGUCCAGCACGUCCAUUCGAUAUGAGAAUUUUUGAUAAUUUUCAGAAAGAAGUAAUUCAUCUCUACCGACCAUUAGCCUGUUCCGCAUGUUGUUUUCCAUGUUGUUUGCAGAGUAUUGAAAUUUCUGCCCCACCUGGUCAAGUAAUCGGACGUGUAGAACAAGAAUGGACACUUUGUUUACCAUCUUUUCGAAUAAAAGAUGUUAAUGAUGAAACUGUAUUACGUAUUGAGGGCCCCUGUUGUGUAUCUAGCUGCUGUAAUGAUGUAAACUUUAAUGUUGUUUCCCUUGAUGGUGACAUUAUUGGAAAAAUCUCAAAGAAGUGGUCUGGAUUUACUCGUGAAUUUUUCACAGAUGCUGAUUUCUUUGGUAUUAAUUUUCCUAUGGAUUUGGAUGUUCGUAUUAAGGCAGUAUUAUUAGGAGCCACAUUUCUAAUAGAUAUGAUGUUCUUCGAACACACCAAUUAAUUUACUUGGGGAUUUUUGUAUGUUUAUUUCUUGUUAAUGUAUUUUGAACAUGUAGCCAUGUUGUGUAUUGUGUCCUAAAUUCUUUAAUAUUAUAUAAAUA